AUGUGUGAGUAUGAGUCCCUCACCUGCAACGUGUGCGACCGGGCCUUCCACUGUCACCGCCAGCUGGCGUCCCACCAGCAGAAGAAGCGACAUUUUGGUUGCAGCGGCUGCGACAGUCUGUUCCCGUCGCUGAUGCUGCUCGAGCACCACAAGGAGGAGUUCGAGCACUGGAGCGACUUCGAGGACGAUGGCCGGUUGCCGUGCUGCAGGCGGAACCGGCGGGACGACGAGUACACGGACACGGAGACGGGCACGAGCGACGCCGAGAGUGAGGAUCUGGAGCGGUUGCUUUAAGGAGUGAGAGGGGGGUGACAUUGUUUCUUUUUGGUAGUGUGGAACACAAUUGAGAAGGAAGAAGAAGAGAUCGACUGGAAUCGAUUUGAGUUUGGAGGAGCGUCCUGGGUUGGGGUUUAGUUGAGGGAAUAGUUAUUGUUCAGGUUUUUUCCAAAAAAAAUUCACUGGUAUUCAGAGUACAAUUUUCAUUUUCUCUAAAUUAAUUUGGUGCCAUUAAAAAAUCACGUAGCAAUUUUGGGACUUUUUACAACAACAUAUUUUUUUUAAAUAAAAAAGCAAAUGAUGUGUGCUCAACGAACAUUUUUUAAAAAACCUUACCGAUAAUUCAAUUCAAGAAAUUUCUAUAAAAAAUCUUGUUCAAACACCGUAUUCAUACUACAUUUAAAUUGACUUUAUAUUAAUAUCUAUAUUUUCUCAAAACGACUUUUCUUUGAUUUUUUUUUAAUAUUUUAAUGAAACUUGCCCUUUUGAAAUGUUACGCUUCAUUCUAAAAUGUGUAAUGGCAAAAAAUAUAAAAAUUGGAAUAACAAUUGUUAUAACACUGGGGGAAUUGCGCCUUAGCCCGCACGCUUACUGCAACGGUAUAACGAGAGAAGGAUAAAAGUCAAUAAGAGCGUGCCUGGCUGAAAUGUUUCCCGUAUGGAUGGGUUUUUUGUUGAUAAACAUCAACUGCUUUGAAGCACAUUUUCAAGGUUGUAAAUGGUGAUUUAAUGCCAGUUGUAAUGCUGCAAAGUCUUGGUACUUUGAGGCACUCGCAAAGCUUAUUUACUACUUCAAAACAUUCCAGUGCUGAUUUAGUACUGAAUUAAUACUUCAAUUUAGUGCUUGUGGUUACUUGGGAAGCCCUAUUUUCAACACUUGGCUAUAAAAAGUGGUUUAAAGUGCAUUUUGCACCAGUUCUGUAGUUUUGUCAUCAUAAGUUUUGAAGAUUUGUAAGAUUUGACGAAAACAAAAAUUUUAGCGAAACAACAAGCUUUUUGCGGUUCUUUACACCGAAAA